AUGAGCGACUCGGCUACACAAGAGAUCACUGCGAUUCUGCAACUGGCAUCAGUUGAAAACAACUGUGUCCUUUCAGCAUUUACGAUCUACUUGUUUGACCGCUGCCUCGCGUUCGGCCAAGAGGUCGAGCUCAUAUGGUGCCGUCCACGCUCUGUGGUCUCAGCGCUAGCAUGGCAGACUUACAUUGCUGCAACUGUCUUUGAAAUUAUGUACUUCGCCGUGCUUUCACUCAUUUCUGCUCUGCGUGUCUACGCUAUCAGCUCGCAAGAUUGGCGAGUGCCCCUCAUUGUCUUCAUGUUGGCAAUUAUGCGCUCGGCGUUUCAGAUAUUCAAGGUCGUCACUUCAAGCUGUACUGCUGUCCCCCCUCCCCUCGGCAGUGCCAUUGGGAGCCUGGCACCCCAAUACGAGACUAUAAUCUGCCUUGCUUAUUUCAACGCAGAUGUUGAUACUAAUGCGAACGCAGUGAUAACUGUCGCGCUUGCCGCGUCCAUCGCUGCAGAUGCUAUCGUGCUUAUCGUCACCUGGUGUCGGACAUACCGCAUUCGUCGGCUUGCCCGUCAAGAAAACAUUCAUGCACCCUUAACUUCACUUCUUCUGCGGGAUGGAACGAUCUACUUCGGACUGCUCGUGGUCAUCAACUGCCUCAACAUCAUCUUCGAAGGAAACACGAACCAGGCCUUCGAUGGCUUCGUCUUCUUUGGAACUGCGUUCUCGAGUAUCAUCCUCUCGCGCUUCUGCCUCAACCUCAGGGAGGUAGGGCGCACCACAAAUGACGUUCUUUCGAGCAUACAGACCACACCACUCUCCGAUCUGCAUUUUUCUCGAGGAGUCGAUGGCUUCGGAGCCUCCCUCUCGUUCAGGUGGGACGACUCGGCCGAGAACGUCGACGCAGACACAGGCGGAACUGAUGAAGCAGACGUAAUGGACGCAAGCCGGAGCCAUGUCCAUGAUCUCGGCGAGGAGGCUGACGGUCUGCAUACGCUGGAGGACGCCUAG